GAAAAUACGUAAGAAACGUAUUAUAGUUACCAAAGAAACUACCAAAGAAGAAGAUAAAAAAAAUAAUAAACUACACAAGAAAAAUAAGCAAAAAGAGCGCAAGCAAACACUAGAACAAGAGAAUAUAACACAGGACGACAUAAAACAAAUUUAUAAAGAAGAUUUAGAAAUAGUAGAUAUUAUAAAACCAUUAGGUAAAUGGACAAAAAUGGUUAUGCAGAAUGGAGGUCUUGUGUUACGUUUUGCACAGUUAAUAAAAAGUGAGGGUAGUAAUAAGGGAUUUUGGCAGUUAUUUGUUAAAGCACAAUCUUCAACCAAAAGAAAAAACAAGGAUAAAGGUAGAUAA